AUGGCGACCGAUGGCGAUGAUGCAGAGACGAGAAAGCAAUUGAAAGCGAUGCUUUGGUAUACGCUGGGCAACCUGACGCGCAAACACGCAGACCUCUUCGACACAGAGGUAACGCCGCAAUUCAUAGCCGGGCUGGUAGAGAUUACCUGGGCGCAGCUGGAGACCGUGGGCCAGGAUCUAGAGAUGUUUGCAAACCAUGCCGGCCGCUCGACCAUUAACGCGUCGGAUGUCCUGCUCCUGGCAAGGCGUAACGAAGGCCUCGAAUCUAUCCUGCGCGAGUAUGGCGACCACUUAGAAGCCGAAAGGGAGCAGCGUACCGCGAAGGAUAGGUAG